GUCAGGGGUGAAAUUGACCGAGAUACGGGUGGAAAGCUUCCUAGAGGAAACGUAAAUAAAAUGCCAAUAUUGAAAUGGGACUGCCAACUGGAGAAAGUAGCUGAGGAUGCUAUGGCAAAUGGCACAGUCAAAACCGACCACCUACCCUAUGGUGCUCUUGAGGGAAUUCAAGAACUGUCUUCAUUCUACGUAAUGGACUACGAAUACGAAGUGGACUUUGAGGAAACAUUGGAAAAAUGGUGGGAAGCAGCCGGACAGAUGGGGGACAACAAAGAGCUAGAUGAUGAACCAAACCAUUUCACCACAAGAUUCGAGAACUUUGCAACUAUGGCUUACAACAAAGUCACCAAGAUUGGCUGUACUUCCAGAAGAUCACCUAGGCAAUGUUUAGCUGUCAACGUAUGCAUCUUGGAUGCGAAAAUUCGGUUCUACCAGAAAAUCUACGAGUAA